AUGACGGAGACCAUCCCCAUGGACUCGCUGGACGAACAUCCGUCCGCAGUGCCGCAGGGAGCCACACUCUUACGCAGACAUGCCGUGGCUUUUUUCAUUUUGGGCCUACUGAACAAUAUGAUGUAUGUCGUCAUUUUGACGGCCGCCUUGGAGAUACUUCCCUCUCAUGUCCCCACUGGCAUUCUUGCGUUUGUAAAUAUUGCACCUGCCGUCGUAUCCAAAGCCUUGUUUCCAUACUAUUUCAAGGGAGAAAUCUGGUACGGAUGGCGCGUAUGGGCAUGCACGCUGGGAUCGUUUUGCGGUAUGAUGUGCAUUGCUUUUUUCCCUGGCCUCUUUUUACGCCUGGUAGGUAUUGGUAUCGCUAGUUUUGCCAGUGGCCUAGGCGAAAUCACAUUCCUGCAAUACGCAACACGUUACCCUCAUCAGGUCACCACGUACUGCAUCGGAUGGUUUGCGAGCGGUACAGGCGCUGCGGGUUUGAUUGGUGCCUCGGCUUGGUGGAUCGUUCGUCCCUUGGGCGUGCGUGGCGGCCUUGGACUAUUGUCGUUAUUGUCUUUUGGAACAGCGCUGUCGUUCUUCGUUAUUCUUCCUUUGCCAUCCAUCAUGUCGCGCUCGACGGAUGAAACCACAGAAGCUCUCAUGCAGGAUUCUGAUCGCGAACCUGAACGCAACCUUUCUCUUUCUUUUUCUGACAAGGUACAGCUGCUCAAGCCCAUGCUCAUUCCUUAUAUUAUGCCUCUUAUCUGUGUGUACUUUGCUGAAUAUACCAUCAACCAGGGCGUCGCACCAACUUUGCUUUUCACUGUGCCUGAUUCCAAGCAGCACAAACUUCUUUCUAUGAUCAUUCACUCGCUCCGCGAUUAUUACCCCCUAUAUCAACUUGUAUACCAGGCAUUUGUAUUCAUCUCUCGCUCGUACACGUCUAUCCUCCCUCUACCUCCUAUUCCCAAAGCCUGGCUCUGGUCGCCUGCCAUCCUUCAGGUGUGUCUUCUCGUGCUUCUUUCAUCGGAAAGUAUCUACGAUUGGUUCAAAGCCUCAAUUGCACGGUCCCUUGUGAUUGUACUGGUUGCUGUAGAGGGACUGGCUGGCGGCUCCUCUUACGUGUCUGUCAUGUCGCACAUUGGAGGCUCUGAUCGGGCUCACACGAUGCCCCAAGAAUAUUCGGCACGGACUAUACAAGAAUACGAAUUUAAAAUCGGCUCCGUGAGUCUUGGCGAUUCAUUGGGUAUCGUGCUUGCGACUCUUGUAUCCAUACCUCUGCAAGUAUCCUUGUGCCACAUGCAAGUAGGACGAGGUCGUGAUCUGUGCACGCGCGUCUAA